CCAGGCUGAACAGUCAUAGCACCAAUGUGACGGUCUUCUAUGUGACAGUCUCACUGUGUUCUGUACAUGGAUCUGCAUAUGGGGAAACCACUAUCAAUUAAGAUGGGUAUCUCGACAGCAUGGACAGAGGUGUAAACAGUCCUACACAACACACAAUAUCAGUCAGUCAAAAUGGAAUAGCUCCAGAAGCAGUGCAAAAUAAGCUAGGUUUAGCAUUCAGCUCUGAACCCGAAAUGAGUGACUCAAAUAAACGGCAUUGACGCCUUAAUAACAUCUAAACAAAAUACAGCAUAAUAAAACAUUUUGUGGUGGGCUUUAUUACACUUUGGCUGAUAAUAUCACUACACGUUUAACAUGCAACUUACCACAGCAUUUAUCGAAAGUUCUACUACCCAUAAUUUCAUACUCCUUGUACUGCACUGCAAUGUGACAGUUAAGCCAGCAGUCAGCACUAUACCCAUUUAUGCAUGAAUUUAAUAGAAACACAUUGAUGCAGAAAAUGUAUAAAAAUCUAAUUUUCUCUGAUAGUAUACUGUUCAUUGUUAUUUUUCCAACCCCAGUGUUUCCCCUAUAAUUGUACAGGCAUGGCCGGCCGCCUGGCCAACAGGAACCUCCACCAGGCCAGAAAAAUCUUUUUCUAAAUGACAAAAAUAAUGCCAAAUAUCCAUUGUGUUUCCCCUAUAUUCAUUCUGCAGCGGUGCACCGCCAUGAACUGCAGCAACUCACUGCAGCAACUCACUGCCGACCGAGACAUAACCCACCGGCAGAGCCCCUGUAGGGACAGUAACUUGGGGGUCGGGGACAGAGUCAAGGAGGUGGAGGGCUGUGUGGAUCAGCUCAUGGAUCUGGGCGAGAGUGAGACGGUCUACAACAGUUCAGCGUUUGAAAAGUGGGACUCCUACUGGGAAGACGUCACCAGAUACACACGGCUGGCUAGCUGUGACAUCUGGGGCACCAAAGAGGUGGAUUUCCUUGGAUUAGAUGACUUCUCUAGUCCCUACCAGGACGAGGAAGUGAUUGGUCGAACCCCGACGCUGGCUCAGCUCAACAGCGAGGAUUCGCUGCCUGUGUGUGAGGCGCUCUACCCCCCUACUGACCUGACCCUGCCUGCCCCUCAGCUUCAGCCGUCCCAGCUUUCCUGUCACAAUAAGAGACCCUUGGUCCCUGGCCAAGGAUUGGGCCCCGUCAUUGCACGGCCCUCCCCAAGCUCCACAUCCUCUUCCCGUCCUUCCCACAGCCUUCUCCCAGACUUUCCUGAAACCUCCCAAAAAGCUACCAGACCUGUCCCCUCCAGCACAGAGACUAUGGCCAAGACCCAGAACCUCCUCUGUCUCACACAGGACCACGGCCAAGCUCAAACCAAGCAUCAGGGGCGAGGAACCAAGAUGGCAGCCCCACCUUCUCACAGCACUGACUUUGUGCGGAAGGCUAAAGUCCGUGUGCAUAAAAUUCAGCCCGAGAUGCCCUCCCAGACGGAUUUUGAGAGGUCAGAUCCACCUCUACCUCUCUCCCAGCCCCAAGACGAGAAGGCCUGCACUUCAGCGAGCGCCACCUUGGUGGUAAUUCCUGUUGCUGCAGCCAGUGGCUCUGCCAGCUUGACGAGCUUUGAGAAGAGGGCAGAGGUAACAGGGAGGAGGGAAAUACCUGUAGGCUUGUCUGCCACUGUGCCACAACUGGUCGAGGCGAGCCAGGUCAUGGAGGGCAGCACCUCUGGGCUGGUCAGCAGCGGCGAUAGUGUGGCUGGGGCUAGCAGCGCCAUUCUGGUUGUGGAGGGCACGGAGAAGACCAAGGAGGAGGAGCACAACUACUCCCUGUUCCUGACCCGCAGCAGACUGGCCGGCAGAGUCCACUCCCAGCUGGAAGAGGAUGAGGAGGAGGAGGAAGAGGAGGAUGAUGAGGAAGAGGCUGCAGAGGAGGAGGAAGGCGAUGGGCUUGAGCUAGAUGACGAAGACCAUGAUGAGGGUUUCGGCAGCGAGCACGAGCUGUCUGAGAAUGAGGAGGAUGAGGAGGAGGAUGAAGACUAUGAAGCUGACAAGGAUGACGACAUGAGUGACGCCUUCUCUGAGCCAGGUUGUGACAUGGAGCUGAUGGACGACAUUAAAGGCCUGACAGCAGGAGUCUCCAGCCGGAAGAGAGGCAAGCGUCGCUACUUCUGGGAAUACAGCGAGCAGCUCACCCCAUCGAAACAGGAACGCAUGCUUAAGCCGUCCGAGUGGGACAGACACACGCUGCCUAGCAACCUGUUCCAGAAGAACGGGCCUCUCCAUGGAAAGUAUAUGUUGAAGAAGUCUCGCCGCACAGAUGUGGAAGACCUGACUCCAAAUCCCCGCAAGCUGCUGCAGAUUGGCACAGAGCUCCGCAAACUGAACAAGGUGAUCAGCGACUUGACCCCUGUCAGUGAGCUGCCGCUAACCGCAAGACCACGGUCACGCAAGGAGAAGAACAAGCUGGCAUCCAGAGCUUGUCGUUUAAAAAAGAAGGCCCAGUAUGAAGCAAACAAAGUGAAGCUCUGGGGACUCAGCACAGAGUACGAUCGGCUGCUGUUUGUGAUCAAUGCCAUCAAGGAGGAGAUAGUUGCCCGAGUGGAGGACUCUGCUCCGCGUCCGACCAACAUGGCUGACACUCUGGAGCAUCUCAUCCAGGACACACUCGUGGCAUCACCGGUUGCUGGGCAGACUUCAGACUUCGUCAACAAGAUCUUGGAGAACACAGGACACGGCGAUCCCACCGGUGGACUGGUCGGUCUGCGAGUACCCACCUCCAAAAUCUAGACAAACCGUGGUCCACUGAGAGGAGUGGACUAAAUAUUACCACCGUGCUGUUCCAUUGUAACUAUGCUCCCCUCUGCAUGCCCCUCCAACACAGAGUACAUACACAUUGUUAGUCACACAAACACACAUACUACUCCCUGUGUGUAUGUAUGUGUGCUUGAUUUAGCCAUGCACUUGAAUGGCAUACACCCUAGCUUACUGUCUCUGCACACUGCGCAGAGUCAGUGUGUCACUGUCUCCCAACCCAUCGUGAGUGUCUGCUGGGAAAAGCGCCUUUUAAAAGCAAGGGAUGAUUAGUUGGAUGGCUAAAUAGCAUAUCCUAAAUCCACUGGUGAUAAUGAGAUGUGUUUAACAUUGUGUUGUGUCAGGGUGGUUCUGUCAGAGAUCUACUUCCAGGGCUGAGACAGAGACAGUUACACGAGUGUAACCACCGAAAUACUUUCACACAAUUGAUAGGGUAAAUAUUGUUUCAGGUCGGACACCAUUAAAGGUUGGAAAAAGUUCCAGUUAUCAUUUCCUGGAAGAGGCUCACCUCACAUGGCAACAAAAAUUAAUUAGGAUGUCAAAUUGACCCACUUAAUAAAGUACUUUAGUUGCCAAGACAGCUGCAGAGAGAAAAAAAAAAGCAGCGUGCUCCGAGGCGUUUCAGGGUGGCAGAAUUUAUUUCGUAUUGAAGGCCUAAAUAUGUUCAUGCCAUCCCCUGUUUGCCAAUCAGGUCUGCUGUUGUUAAAAUGUAGGAGUUAAAUCUUGAAACAUAAAAGGCAAAAGCUUAAAAUUAGACUUUAACGAUUAAGCAACAGUUAGCGGCAGGCAGGAGGAAGCUUAAUGGCUAAUUAUGACUACAUUAACUUAAACAACAGGAGUUAGUUGACCAUGUUGAGAGGAAGUGCAUGUAGUUUGGUGCUUUUUGGCCUUGUGCUGGUUGUAACUUGACUGGGUGAAACGGGCAUUUUGCCAGAAUGGGAUCAGACUGUGAGGAAGAUGAUGAUGGUGGUGAUAAAAAUUACAAACAGUGAUCCAUCUCCUCUAGGAAACUGUACAUAAAAGUGUCUCCUAGUGAAAAAGGGCACUGUCUCCAGUUUUUGUACAGUACAGAUGACCAGGCUAAUAGUUUGGUGUGUUCAUACUAGUGUUUGAUCAGAGUUCUAUUCAUUGUGCCUUGUGUAUGUAUGUGUGUGUUUCUGUAAGUCUGAGUGAGUGUGUGAGAGGGACUGAAAAAGAAGAGGUGAUUGGUCAGAACUCCCUAAGGUCCAGCCAAGGAGAGUACUACUUUCACACUGAGGAAGAUUGUUAGUGAAUGCGAGGAGGGAGAUAACUGUGUGUAUUUCAGUUGUCUAAAGAUAAUCUGAAUGUACAUAAAACAAGUGGAAGCUCUCGUUGCGUCAUGCCACAGAGUCUGUGUAUAUAGGAGGGCUCUGCAAUAGAUUACUUUUGGUUUUUGGUACUCUGUCUUUAGGGAUUGUGGGAGGGUUAAAAUAUAUUUUUGUUUCGAGUUACAAAAAAAUAUUUCCACACUAUAUUUUGAUUGUUUUUUGUACCAAAGACACAUGCAACGAAAUGGCGACCAGCCAGUUAAAGUAAGGUUUUGCACAGCUUACCUGAUGCCGUAUUGAAUGUAAGAAAUGUGGGAGGGUCAGGAAACUUCAUUGAACUGUGAAAUUAGCUUGGGUCAGAAAAGGAACAUUCAUUCAUUUUUAAAAUCUAAAAAUUAACCCCAUCUGUGGGCUUCUCCAGUAGAUGUGUUGCUUAGCAAGCACUUCAUUCCUGAACUGAUUCCUCCAUCCACAUGCUAAUUGUUUUAAUAGCGCUAUCUAGGACAAAAACCAAGAGCGCUAGUUUAUAAGCUAUGUUACAUUUUUGUAUGUCAAAAUGUCACCAACAAUAACCAAAAUGUUUUGUUCCUGUUGUCACUUGUUUGAUUUCUGUGUGUAGACGAGGUCUAGUUCAUCAACAAAAUAUUUACUGAAUUGUGUUUCAAAGUACUGUUUAUAGAAACAUUAAUGCUAUAUCUAUCAAUGGUGAAAUGCCACUUUUCAUGACAAUUGAUUAAUUGUUAAGCAUGACACAUUUCUUAAGCCUACCCUUGCAUCGAAAGUUAGAGAAAAAACAACAACACAAAAACCACAAAAAAAAAGUUCUUGUUAUAUUUUUGUACUUUAGCUGUCUGCUAUCUUUCCUGUUGGGUUGGAAGUAUUAGUUGAGUGGAGUGAAGAAGAUGUGGAGGAAAAGAGGAGAAAGGUUUUAAAGAGCAGCCAGUCGAUCUGAUGACCAACACUUGACCCCUUCAGUUUCUUUUGCUGGCUGAGGGAUAUACACAGAAUCAUGACUGGAUUUAUUUAAAACACAAUGCAGCAAAGCCAUGGUCUAGUUUGAAUGGUCUAUAAAGAGAAUAAGAACAGGGACUUGUCUAGGACAGAGGACAACGGCAUGGAGGUUUGAGGGCAGUUGCUAUAAGAACGCCAAAGCCAUUUGAGUCGGUCCCAGAUUGAUCUGGUGUGAAAAUCAUUCAGAUUGGUACACGUAUUCCCUCUUUGACCAUGAAAUCGGUUGAAUUUUGCAUUUCCUGGGAUUGGCAUUGCUGCCUUCGGGGUCAUAUUGCGGAAUUUAUCUGUCAAGCAUUGCCUUCGGUCCUCAGCUCACAUCUUUCCUGACCAGUCACAACUGCAAAGAAUAACUUUCUUCACCAAAACACUCAGAGUUACAAUAUCCAGGCCACAAAUUGGCAGCAUGUCCAACCUUUAAAAUGCAUGAUGCCUUUAUGCUUGCCCUGCCUGCUGCCUCCUGGAAAGAAAUGCCACAAUUCCCAGGAAUUUUAUAAUUCAAUCGGAGUUCACUCUGUUAGCAGGCAAAUACAAACAAACAAUAAGUGUUUGACAAGGCUUAAUUUAGGUUAGUUUGAAGUGAAGAAAGUACUCCUUCACAGAAUGAACUGAUGAUGGUGAUGCAGAACUGUUGUCUUUCUGUAUUGUGUGAUUGAAUAACAGCUAGUGCUACAUAUAUAUGUAUUUUUUUUUACUGAUUUAUGUUCCGCCUAAAAGGGAGAAAUGGUGCUUUUUUCUGAAACUAGAAUGAUGAUUAUCCAUGAUUCUUAUUUGACAUUUUAGUCUAGUUGUAGCCUAGUGACUUGCUCUUCCCUACCGUCCAUAGCUAUUUUCUUAGUAGUGAUUCAUUUUUGUAAAUAGACUAUAAGUUAAUAUGUAUCUUCUAAAUGUUAGAUAUGUGUAUAAAAUACUAUAUCUUAUAUGUUUGAAAAACAAAAGCACUUUGUCCAAAAAAGGAAAACAAAACAAAAAGAAAAAGCAUUUUUUUCUUCCAUUUGCUGCUAAAAAAAAGGCCUGGUGUGAAUGCUGCAAGUGUGCUUGACGACUACUUGCUAGGAUAGGUCUAUUACCUGACUUGGCUGGGUCUAUAAACUAGCAGGGAAUAGGUGUACGGCCUGACGAGGGUUAGGUCUACAUGUUUCUGGAGCCAUGUAAUGAUAUGAGGUGUGGUAUAAGCACAAUCAUUGCUUGGCUUUGGGAAGCCCAGUCUAGACAGGAUAGGUCUAUUACCUGGUCAGAAACCGUGUGGAUAGUGUGUUUGUGGUCUUAAAAAAAAAGAGGGUUUUGAUUCCAGGGCCCCUACGUUGAUCCUGAUGCUAACCUCCUUGGCGUCAUGAUUCAUUUGCCUUCAGUAGAGGUUUCCUAUGGAUAAACUGAUUCUGCUUUGGCUUCCUCUUCAGGGUGAUGUACAGUGUAGACACAUUUCUCCAGAGAGCUAUAUUGUUAUCAUUUGUAAACUGAUUUCUACUUGUGACUUAAUGAGGAGGGGGUUUAGCCUAGGGUGGCCAGGGAGAGCCCUUUUAAAAGAUGUUGUUCCAGGCCGCCUUGGGGAAGUUACUAUAUCACUGUACUGUAUGGCAAGCCAGUUAUAAAUGGAGACUCAAUCCGGACACUUAUUGCCUUUUUGAACUUUUCACCUACACACACAAAAAAAUAAUAAUGUGGCAGGCAUGUCAGUUGCCCAAGGGGCUGUGCCCGAGGUUUAUGACAUUGUUCUGCCAAUAAACGGUCAACAACAACAACAAAACCAUUCAGCCUAAUUGGCUUAAAACGACCUUGACUGAAAAAGCAGACGUGGGGAAAUAUGUCUGAAAAAUGGCUUAAAACUACUAUGUGUAAUCAGUUGUAUCUUUUGGGACAAUAUUUGAAGCAUUUUCUUCAGCCACAUUUUUGCCCAUGUCUGGUAAGGGGUCAACAGUAGUUAAAGGGCCACUGGUUGUCCAACAGUAGACCAGCUCAGCAGAGCGUGUGUAGUGGAUCACGAGGCUGAUUCAAGGAAGAGUCCUCACAGGUUUUUACAUUUAACAUGAUAGGUGCAAGCUGUGCAACUUUACAUUCAAACCAGGAGACUCUGUGGCAUUUGAACAGUCAAGGAAAUGAGUGAAAAUCCACGCCAGUAAAACAAUUCCUUAUUCUUUUUAUUUCUGACGUAAAUCCUAUACAGUCAACUAUUAAGCUAAUAGAGUGUGUAACUUUGUGCUACUAUUGUCCAAUAAAAAGUGGAUCCAUAAAGCUCUUCUUCAGCAAA